GAGCGACUCGCGUGAACGUGAGUUUCAUCAUUGCAUUGAAAUGAGUGUAAAAUACAGUGUGUUUUGCAUUCAAUUGAAUGGCAUUUUCGCUGCGAAAACCAAGUGUUUGUUUGUUUUGUGACUGACUUUUGAAUUUGUGGACAACAUUACAAAACCCAACGAUUAUUUGCCGCACGUUUUGCUCAAACAAUUAGCGAUUACCACCACCUCAUUUACUGCCCACUGGACUCUUAGGCCAGGACCGGCAGUUGUCUCGACGUCUCGCUAUAGACAGCCCACUCAUUCACACUCGCAGUCAUAGAGGAACGGUAGCCGUGGGGCUGACCCGCUAUUGGCCAGGGAGAUGACGCACAUGAGUGAGCGGCAUAUACUGCGCAUCCAGAAGGACAUCCGCGAGUUUUACCGGGAGGACAGUCGGGAACUGUACGCCGUGUGCGAGGAGGAGGACAUGAGUCAAGUGCACGCACUCAUACUCGGCCCCAUCGGCACGCCCUACGAAAAGGGCUUC